CUCUGUCUGACCCCCCACGGAAGAUGCAGAGAUACCUAACCUCAGAAGCGAUCAGAACAUCGCUUUGCUGGAUCGUCAGAAGAGAUGUGGGGGCGCAGCGCUCGAUAAUUCGGCGUACCUUGACUUGAAGGUCCGAGGAUUGAUUGGAUACGCGUCAUUGGUCAAGCGCCAAGAGCCGCCAAGAUAGAGUUGACCCUUUGAGGUUAUCACGACGACCGCUAACCCUAGGCGCCAAGAUGUGAUGAAGCAGCUGAACCUUGAUAAGUACAGACAUUCUUGCCUUCGGCGAGAUGGCGGUUGUUGAGCAAUUACUAGCUUGUGACUUUUUCCUUGGCUCUUUCGUCUUGGCUAAGAUGGCAUGGCAUGGUAUAGCAUGGUCGAGUAUGUACCGGUCGAUGCUCUUGGACGGUGGUGGAAUGCCGAAUGAGCUUUCAGAACGAGUAAGAGAGCUGCAAAUCAUAGCACCCAUGGUCCAGUGGGCACGGUUGGAGUUUGAGACAAGAGAUGGGCAUCUCGUUAAUAUCAGUGUUGCAUUGGUCAUGUUUCGGUAUGCUGCCAUGGCUCUAACAGAGAGCUAUGACCAUGCUCGCAUAGCAAUCGCGGCCAUGUGUCAACGGCUUGGAUGCCGUUGGAACAACCGGUCCAUGAUGAUCAAAAGACCAGGGGAAUGUUGGAGAAGUGCAGUAAACUUGACAGACGCCGCCCUGGGCCUAGACGUUGACCUCGUGAGAGGAGGAUCCAUCCACGACCUCCGCGACCAUGCGACAAUCCAAGUCUGCAAUGCACACCAAUGACCUCACCUCUCAAUUCUACAGCAAGAGCAGCAAGAUUUCUCUUGUCGCGCAGUCUCUCUUCCGUCUUUGCACCCAUUGCACGUAUGCGCAAUACGCCAAGCUGCCAAGACGCCAGGAUCCCCACUACACACACCACCAAAACAGUCUCACCACGAUACAGUACGCUACGCUACUUUACCAUUUUUACCGGCCAGUUCUUUUUUUAUUUGGAGUUUUAGCAUGGAAACGCGACUGGGGUCUGGGGAUGAUAGAACCUGGAAGAAAAGCACCGAGAGAUUGAGAAGAAUUUUGCGACAUGCUUCCAGGUCCUGGUGUUGCACCCAAGCUUACACUGUUGCAUGGAUAGACUCAAGACUGAGCAUAGAACGACCUCUACCGAUCCGGUGUUGUUAGCACGGCACUUGGAGCGUAAAAUACGGUCCAUCACUGGAAUUGACGUCACGGGGCCGUCCGUUUCGUUUCUUCUCCGUUCCGGGGACGGCCGUCGACGAUAUGUAGGGCAUCUGAUUUAUAGCAACACACCACACCUAACCAAGGUAGGUAGGCUAGGCUAGGCUAGGCUAAACUCACUAAGAGAGUAUCCGUAUAGCACUGCAUUUUGCAUUUGCAGGCUGAGGAGAGGCUCAACACCUGUCUACAGGGGUUAGUUAUGGUGGGAGUGUGUGGGGAAAAUAGUGACCUCUCCAAGUCCGGUGGCGGAUCUAAACCGCUGCUCAGGUUCGGGUUCGGGAUGGGACCAACGCCAAGAAACCCCGAGCCUGGCAACGACUCAGGUCCGCGAUAACAUGAACAAUUACGGUGCUCUCAUGGGGCUUUUUCCUAAUUAUUACAGUACUCUUGUUUCUUGAGAUUUCUCCCUCCCUCAACUAUAUAUGACCUCGUCCCCCGCACCCUGCCAAGGUCCAUUUCCCAUAAACUCCCAAAGUUGUCAAUCACAUUCGUCGAUUGUUCUCUAAUCGAAUAGAUAACAUUGACUUAUUCAUGCCUUGAAGCUAGUUCCUUCAUUGUUAUCACUCUUUUAUUCGUCAAUGAAGUUCAAGUAGUCAAUUGACUCCUGUAAACAUCGCCAACACACGCCUCGCAACGACCGUCACUUAUACCCAGAGCAUAGAGUACACAAACAACAGUUUAAGCUCUCUUCUCGCGCCUUUUCCUACAGAUCCUGGUCGCCGAUCUUCAAUCCAUCGACCAUGGCGGCCGAAUACCCCAAGCACCCGUUUCUCCUCACAAUCGAGGAGACGGCGCAAGCUCUCGACACCAGCAUCGACAAGGGGCUUACCAGCCAACAAGUUGCUGAAGCUCAGCAAAAAUAUCCCAAGAAUGAGCUAGAUGUGGGCGGUACUGUGCCAUGGUACAGUAUUUUGACCAAGCAGCUACUCAAUGCCAUGAUCAUUGUUCUUGCAUUUGCCAUGGCUCUGAGUUUCGGUAUCAAAGACUACAUCGAAGGUGGUGUGCUUGUCUUUGUUAUCGUCCUCAACGUCACCAUUGGUUUCUGGCAAGAGUAUCGCGCUGAGAAGCGCAUGGAUGCUCUCCGAGCUCUCUCCUCUCCCAGUGCCAUGGUUCUUCGCGAUGGAAAGACUCAGGUUAUUUCCAACCCCGAAGUCGUUCCUGGUGACAUCGUCCUCCUCAAGAUGGGCGACACCGUCCCCGCCGAUCUCCGCCUCUUUGAAGCCAUGAACCUUGCUUGCGAGGAAGGCCAACUCACCGGCGAGUCGAUCCCCGUCGAGAAGAUUACCGAAAACAAUAUCGCCGCUCCCGGAACAGAGAAGCCUGUCGAGUCCGAGGAUGAGAUCGGUAUUGGUGACCGUGUCAACAUGGCAUAUGCCACCACCGUCGUCCGAAAGGGCCGUGGUCGCGGUAUCGUCACUGCUACUGGUAUGUCCACUGAGGUCGGUAAGAUUGCUGCCUCUACUUCCAAGAAGACUCGCAAGGCUGGCCGAUCCAUGAACUACAAGAAGUAUGGAAAGCGACAGCCCUUUGUUGGUGCUUCCAAGCGAACUUGGGAUGUUAUCGGCAAGUUCUUGGGCCUCACUGAGGGAACCCCUCUCCAGCGAAAGCUUUCCGCUCUUGCUUAUGUCCUUUUCGGUUGUGCCAUCAUCCUCGCUAUCGUCGUGUUUGCUGUCAACAAGUUCGACAUGAAGAACGAGGUUAUUAUCUAUGCUACUUCUCUGGGUAUCGCUAUUAUCCCCGAGUCCUUGGUGGCUGUCUUGACUAUCACCAUGGUCGUUGCUGUUACUGUAAUGCGCAAGGCCAACGUGGUUGUUCGAGAUCUCUCCGCCCUCGAGGCUCUUGGAGGUGUUACCAACAUUUGCUCCGACAAGACUGGCACUCUCACCGAAGGCGCCAUGAUUGUUCGCAAGGCUUGGAUCCCCUCUUCUCACAUCUACACUGUUCGCGACUCUCAGAGCCCCAACGAUCCCACCAAGGGCCGAGUCACAUACUCCAAGCAGAGCGAUGAGCCCGAAGAGAAGGAGGCCCCUCGUGACUACGAUCGCGAGCGGAGUGCUGCUGUCCUCAAGUUUGAUGUUCCCGAUGAGAAGCUCAACCAGAACAAUGCCCAACCCAAGAAGCCUGUGCCCGAGGUUGAGUGCGAGAUGACUGAUGAACUUAAAGCUUUCUUACUUUCUUCCGCUCUUUGCAAUUUGGCUACUGUUCGAUACGAUGAUGAAGAGGAGAAGUGGCAGGUUACCGGUGAGCCCACCGAAAUUGCCCUCCAGGUCUUCACCCACCGCUUCAACUCUGGAAAGAAGACUCUUGAGGGUGAGGGCUGGAAGCAAAUUGCCGAAUUCCCCUUCGACAGCUCUAUCAAGAGAAUGUCCGUCAUCUACGAUGCCCCCGAGGGCGCCAUGGGUUCCAUUAUCGACACUUCCAACUCAAUGGUCUUCACCAAGGGUGCUGUCGAGCGUAUCUUGGAUCUCUGUGACUACGCCGGCACAGGACCUGACCAGCAGCCCAUGACUGAUGAGCUCAAGGAGAGUGUUCUUGAACAGAUGAACAGUCUUGCUUCCCAGGGUCAGCGUGUCCUGGCUAUCGCCUACCGGCCUUGGGAUGGUCGUUUCACUGCCAAGCAAGCCUCUUCUCCCGCCGAGGACGAGAAGCUUCGAACCGAGGUCGAACAGGGUCUUAUCCUCCUUGGUCUUGCUGGUAUCUACGAUCCUCCUCGCCGUGAAACCAAGCCCUCUAUCGCCGAGUGUUCCAACGCUGGCAUCCGAGUUCAUAUGCUUACUGGUGAUCACCCGGAGACCGCUAAGGCCAUCGCCAAGGAAGUCGGUAUUAUCCCCAAGAACCUCAGCAUUCUGCCUGAUCACGUCGCCAAGUCCAUUGUUCAGAAGGCGACCGAUUUUGAUAGAAUGACCGAUGAAGAGAUCGAUGCUCUCGAGGAACUUCCCCUUGUUAUUGCCCGUUGCGCUCCCGACACCAAAACCCGCAUGAUCGACGCUCUCCGUCGUCGUGGCGCCUUCAUGGCUAUGACUGGUGAUGGUGUCAACGAUGCCCCUUCUCUGUCUCGUGCCGACGUCGGUAUUGCCAUGGGUUCCGGUUCUGAUGUGGCCAAGUCUGCCUCCAAGAUCGUACUCACCGAUGAUAAGUUCAACUCCAUCGUCGCUGCUAUCCGUGAAGGUCGUCGCAUGUUCGACAACAUCCAGAAGUUCGUCCUCCAUCUCCUGACUUCCAACGUUGGUGAGGUUAUCCUCCUGGUUUGCGGUCUCGCUUUUGUCGACGACAGUGGCUUCUCUGUGUUCCCCGUCUCGCCUCUUCAAAUUAUCUGGAUCAAUAUGGCUACUUCGUCGUUCCCUGCCUUCGGACUGGGUCGCGAGCAGGGUGCUCAGGACAUCAUGCGCAAGCCUCCACAGGACAAGAAGCGCGGUGUCUUUACCAACCAGAUCAUCAUUGACAUGAUUGUCUACGGUAUUAUCAUGGGUGCUUGCACAAUGUGCACUUUUGUCAUCAUCGUCUAUGGUGCCAAUGGCGGUAACCUCGGCUUCGAGUGCAACCAGCGAUACUCUGAGGAGUGUAUCCCCGUGUUCAAGGCUCGCGCUGCCACUUUUGCUGAACUGACAUGGCUUAUCCUCAUCUCUGCUUGGGAGUUCAAGAGUCUGCGCCGCUCCGUCUUCCGCCUCAACCCUGACGACGACAGCAAGUUCCCCGUGUUCAAGGACAUCUACUCCAACCGCUUCCUGUUCUGGUCCGUCAUCAUUGGUGGUCUGUCCGUCUUCCCUGUCGUCUACAUUCCCGUCCUGAACCACAAGUUCUUCAAGCACACUGGCAUCACUUGGGAGUGGGCCCUGGCUGUUGGCUUCACUGUUGUGUUCGUUGCCGGCAUUGAGCUCUGGAAGAUGACCAAGCGACACUUCCACCUUCUUGAGGACGCUCCUGUCCGCCGCGGUGUCUGGGGCCAGGGUGGCGAAGACGGUGGUCGCCUUGCUCGAACCAUGUCUCUGUCCAGCUUCAAGACCUGGGCAUCUUUCUCUCGAAAGGACACUGGCGAGUCUCUCGGAAAGCGAAGCACCUCUCGUGGACCUACCGAUCGACACAUUGUGCCUCAAGGCCUUGCAGCCACCGAGGCCUAAUCUUAUGAUUUACAUCUCUGAUGAUAAGAAUAUUUAAAAGGGGGUGAGGGAGGUCUUGGAAAAGUAAUGACACAAUAUGUGGUUUCAUGAACUGAAGAAUAUUUUGGACGGAUGGGAAGGGUCACGACGAAUCUUAAUAUUGAUAUCAUUUCUGCUUUUAGUUGCAUUAUUCCGCCCUGAUAGAGGGUAUAGAUAUCCCGCUGCCCAGCCACUGAAUGCUGGUGCAAAUGCAUUACAUUGUCACUGAACCA